AUGGAGAAGCUCCGCCAAAUGUUGAAUCCUCGCCCGAAUGGUUUCGAAGCUUUCAAGCAGAAAAUAACUGAGUGGGAGAACAGUCUACCAGAAGCGGAGAAGCAAGCGGCAAGAACCCACAGAGAACAAAUGCGUAAAAAGUUCCAUGAAGAGUUCCUAAAAAGAGACAUCCCUGGAGUGAGUGCUGCCGGCAUGGCGAAACUUCGUGAAAUAAUGAGCACUCCACCAAAUGGUAGGGAGGAGUUCAAACAAAGGAUGGAUACGUGGGUGAGCGGUCUAUCACCUGCAGAUAAGGCAGCAGCUGAAGCUCAUAGA